AAGACCGUGGCGGCGUCGCUGCUGUCUGUCUGAACUCCCGUCUCUCCCAAGCUUGCCGGGGGGAGGUUUUUUGCAGAGCGGCGGCCCCGAUCCCCGGGAUUCCUGGUUUCGCGUAUGUCCCCCGGGGAGAUCCGGGCUCGCGGACAUCGGGGCAGCUUCCAGCCGGGGACAUGGUGGGGUUCACGGUCCCCGCGGAAGUCAGCGUGUUUUUGCUCGACGUAGAAGGCACGACCACUCCGAUCACGUUUGUCAAGGAUAUUUUGUUUCCUUACAUCAGGGAAAAUAUUCGAGAUUAUCUAGACACCCACUGGGAAGAAGAAGAGUGCCAGCAAGAUGUUGGCCUACUGAGAAAACAGGCUGAAGAAGACUCUCAUAUGGAGGGAGUGGUGCCUAUCCCACUGGAAACCAGGGAUGGGGAAGAAGAGGUUGAACGGGUCAUCCAGGCAGUGGUAGACAAUGUCCUCUGGCAGAUGUCUUUGGAUAGGAAGACCACAGCUUUGAAACAGCUCCAGGGCCACAUGUGGAAAGCAGCCUACGAAAAUGGCUGCUUAAAGGGAGAGUUCUUUAAGGAUGUUGUUCCUGCAGUGAAAAAGUGGAAAGAAGCAGGAAGAAAGGUGUAUAUUUAUUCCUCUGGGAGUGUGGAAGCUCAGAAGCUUUUAUUUGGAAACUCUACAGAAGGUGAUAUUUUAGAGCUCUUUGAUGGUCACUUUGACACCAAGAUAGGACCUAAAGUUAACAGUGAGAGCUAUCAGCGGAUUGCUGCAAGCAUCGGAUGUGCCACAAACAACAUACUGUUCUUGACGGACGUCACUCAAGAAGCGGAUGCUGCCGAAGAAGCUGAAAUGCAUGUGGCUGUAGUGAUCCGGCCGGGCAACGCAGGACUGACAGACGAUGAGAAAUCGUAUUACAGACUCAUAACCUCUUUCAGCGAACUCUUCCUGCCUCCCUCUGCUUAAAAUUUGCAUCUAGAACUAAGGAAGGGAUGGGGAAAGAUAGAGGAGCAGCUGAGAAAAUUCUUCUUACCGUUUACUGCCAAUGAUAAGAUUCUCAAAAAGAGAAAUAUUGGGCACUUGACACAAAAUUCAACCUGAUGGAAAACUACCAAUUCUGCGAUUGCAGCAAAGUGAAGCUCUCAACAUGUCGAACUUAUUUAUACUUUGGAUUUUCAAAAGGAAGAUUCAAGAGGUACCGUUCAACAGAAGGUUCCCCAGCCUUUUUGAGGUCAGUCGGUGGGAUGCGAAUCCCACCUCCCAUUCAGUUCCAAGGGGCCAAGCCCUGGAGACUUUCCUUACGGAAUGUGUCUUGGGUGUCUGCUACAAACUCCCAUCUUUUAUUCGCGUCAUCACCUGAUUGCAGGUUUUCAAAGUCUUCCGUUCUUCGUUCUCGUUUGGAGUGAACGUAGGGGAAAUCGGACUGUUGAUUAGAUCCACGAUUUGAAUAUCUUGCAGUCUGAGCUCUCCGAAUGAUUGGUCUUGGAAAGAGAAGGGAAACCAGCGUAGGCACCAUUAACUAAACCAAACACGCAAGCUGUGCCAACUGGAAUAUGUUUGCAUGUGGAAGGCAUGAUUGAUCCUGGUCACGAGAGUUGCAUGACUGCUCAAAGGUUGUCAUACUUAAGCUGGGGAAAGAGGUGGGGUUUUCACCCCCCUCUGGGAUCAAAUUCUGGAAAAUUGCAUUCUAUAUCUAUAUGCAGGUUAGUAUUUUACCUAUUGCACUUGAAGUUACCAUGGAGAGCCGAUGGUUCGUGUGGUUUCAAUGGUGCAGACUGUGGCAUUUCAGAAGUGACAAGCAUGUCUCAAUGUUAACACCUCUUCCUUCCUGAUUUUAAAAGGCUCCUGGGUGUUUGAGCAAUCCAAACCUGUCUCUUCAGCAUGCUGCACAUUUAUGUUCUGCUAUACGUAAUGUUCUGCCUCCCUGAAUCCUGCUCCUUUUCACUUAAGGACGUAAGGGGAACAAUCCCAAAUCGUGUUGAACGGAACUAACGCCAAUAUUUUUUUUUCCAUCUGGCCAACAUAAUUUAGAGUUACAUCCUUGCUUGGAAACGGGCCUGUUGUAAUAACUGCAAAGCUGGAUGAAGUACUGACAUAGGGUGUCAAGAACAUCCCAGUUUAAUUGGAGAUGUCUCGAGAAUCUAGUAGG